AUGAAGAUGCUUGCUCUGCUUUCACAAAUAUUGCUGCUAGUUCUUGCAGCAGAAAGCAGUGCAUUUCCAUUUGCCACCGUUUCCAAUGCAUAUGAGAGGGUAAAUGAUCAUCCUGCAGGCUCUGCAAAACAAGUGACUAAUCAUGAAUCUACUCUAGCCAUAGCGGGAAUAGGCUAUGGUCAGUCACCACCCUCUCGUGGGUAUCUGCCUCCUCAAUGUCCACCAUCAGUCCGAUAUCCGCCGCCCUCUCAUAGGUAUUUACCACCAAUUCAAGGCUACUCGCCACCUCAAAAGUAUCCAUCGCCAUCUAAAUACCCUCCUCCCACUCAAGGUCAUCCACCACCAAGGCAAUACCCGCCACCCACUCAAGGCCACUCGCCACCUCAAAAGUAUCCAUCGCCAUCUAAAUACCCUCCUCCCACUCAAGGUCAUCCACCACCAAGGCAAUACCCGCCACCCACUCAAGGCCACUCGCCACCUCAAAAGUAUCCACCGCCAUCUAGAUACCCUCAUCCCACUGAAGUUCAUCCAAUACCAAGGCAAUACUCGCCACCUACUCAAGGCCACUCGCCACCUCAAAGGUAUCCACCACCAUCUAGAUACCCUCUAUCUACUCAAGGUCAUCCAACACCAAGGCAAUACUCGCCACCUACUCAAGGCCACUCGCCACCUCAAAGGUAUCCACCACCAUUUAGAUACCCUCCACCUACUCAAGGUCAUCCACCACCCACUCAAGGCCACUCACCACCAUCUAGAUAUCCUCCACCUACUCAUGAUCAUCCACCACCAAGGCAAUACCCGCCACCCACUUAA